AUGUGGAUGCAGGAGUGCGUUGACUGCCCACUGGCUCAGACCAGCCUCCAAUCGUGGAUACGCCACCUCACCGACGUCCAUGCCCUCCCUACCGAGUGGCCCAGCGAGAGGGCUGCCCGCUUGACCGGGGCCACAGCUUCCAAGCCAUACACGACGAUCACGGAAUCGAAGAAACGACGCCGGAAAGACUCCGUUCCUAGGCCUCUCAACAGUUUUAUGGUGAGUUUUCGAGUCCUUUUGAUGCCCGCCGUUAGAGGUGUACUUUCCGAACACAUGCGUGGAUGUAAGUACGGCCAGGUGGCCGAUGCUAAUUACAUGUCUUCCGUUUACGGCCAGUCAAUCCUCAUGUCCUCUUUUGACCAGCACGUUGAAGUUCCGUCAAGUCUAGUAGUACCGAAGACGAAUAAAGCAACUUUAAAAUAUGUGCCCAGGUCUCGUACUCGAGGUCCAUUUGACGCAUCCAGACGAAAAGUGCCACAAAUUUUGGUUCUAGAGUGUGUCCGUCUGUUUGCUCAACACAUCCGCCGCAACGUCCUCCGCGUGCACAACGAGGCAUCAAACUCGGUCUUGAGUCAACAAUUGGGGAUUGUGUGGCGAUCGGUUCCGCGCGUUGUUAAAAAUAGGUACGAUGAUGAGGCGGCAAAGCUAGUCAAGAUUCAUCAGCUCGAAUUUCCAAACUACAAAUAUCAGCCGAAGAAGCGUAGCGGACUCGGCGAUGCCUCUAGCUCGGCGCCCGUUGUUGCCAGCGAUGCUAGUCCCUCUCAGAAGUUGGCCGCCUCUAGGGGUUAUUCACCGGAGCCGUGGCAACAGCGCUGUGGCCUCACCGAUUCGGCGUACUCCUCGCGCAAGAACAGCUGCGCCUCUUCCUCCGCGUCUUCGCCCCAAGUGACGGAGUUCUCUUCCACGCCAGUGAAGCAGUUGUUCCAUCCCUUCCGACGCGUACUCUUUGACGACCAGCGGCCGCACGUUCGCCAGCGCUUCGCGUCUGCGACAAACGGCACCAUGACGGCGGCGGCGGCGGCACCGGCAAUCCCUCGACAGGCCCGUCCAGCCUCGUGCCUUCUGAACCCGGCCACCGCACGAGUUCUCAAACGGGAACACGAGCCCCUCAAGAACCAACAGUCCCACGACCAAACGCCCACUCUCUAUGCCAACAUCAGCGUCAGUUCGAGCCCCAAGCGUCGGCCGAUAUCAUUUCUGAGCGCGGAGUCAAGCGUCCUCUCGCUUCCGGAGUUGGUGAACAUGCCUUCCCAUGAGGUGACCCUUCUGGGUGAACGCCCCUGGCAACGGGGGGACGAAGAAGAGGAGGACUUUUCGUACUUCGAGAGCGCCACUGAGUCGGAGUCGAUUUUAUCCGAGGAAAAUGCGAUGUUUGAGGACUCCGCAUCGAUGAUGGAUCUGGCAGACUUCCUGCCGGGCGCCGAGGAGCUGAUACUGGGUGUUGAACCGCUUGCUUCAGGGACGCUGUCGCCAGACCUCGAGAUGCUAGAUAAGAAUGAGCUGCUGAAAAUCUAG